CCUCUCUGGGCCCUCCUCUGCUCGCCUCUGCCCUCUCGCCCUGUUCCUAGAAAUGGGGAGACAGGGAUAGGAGCAGAGCCCACCACUUCUGCGUGCCACCGGGCCAGCACCCAGGGCAGGCUCAUCCCUUGUGCACACGAGGCAGCUCCAGUGUGCGGGGACGGGGACCGCUGGGUAUUUUCAGCUCACUGCUGGGCAGAGCCCGACCCGGAGGAGGAUGACCAGUGUGUCGUCCCCGCAGGGUACCUGCAGCACUGCCUGGCGCCCGCCGGCUACAACCCCGACAAGAAGCAGGGGCUGCCUCCGGCACCGCCAGACCCGGCCUACACACCCGGCCAGGAGGAAUACAGCGACCCCGAGAGCCCCCAGUCCACCUUCUCCGCCCGCUACUUCAACGGGGAGGCGGCGGUGACGGACAGCUACUCCAUGGACGCCUUCUUCAUCACCGACGGGCGCUCGCGCCGACGCGGGGAGAGCCAACGCCGCGGCAGCCACCGCCACUCCUGCCCCGAGUGCGGCAAGACCUACGCCACCUCCUCCAACCUCAGCCGGCACAAGCAGACCCACCGCAGCCUGGACAGCAAGAUGGCCAGGAAAUGCCCGACCUGCGGCAAGGCGUACGUCUCCAUGCCCGCCCUGGCCAUGCACGUCCUCACCCACAACCUCAAGCACAAGUGCGACGUCUGCGGCAAAGCCUUCAGCCGGCCCUGGCUGCUGCAGGGCCACAUGCGCUCGCACACCGGGGAGAAGCCCUUUGGCUGCUCCCACUGUGGGAAAGCCUUCGCCGACCGCUCCAACCUGCGCGCCCACAUGCAGACCCACUCCGCCUUCAAGCACUACAAGUGCAAGCACUGCAACAAGACCUUCGCCCUCAAGUCCUACCUCAACAAGCACUACGAGUCCGCCUGCUUCAAGGGCUCCGAACACAGCUGUGCAAUAGGGAACUAGUCCCCGUGCCCCCUCCCCCCCGCCACUGCACCCCCCCCAACACCACCUCUACCCCUCCCCAUCCUGGUGCCAGCUGCCGCUACGGGGCUGGAGGAUGCUUCCCCCAUCUCCCACCCCCCUAAAGAAAAGGGAGCCCCCGGCCCCCGGGAAGGGCUGGACGCAGUCCCCGCAGCCAGGCAGGUCUCUCUGCGGGGACUGCCCCGGGAGCAUCGCCUGCACCCGGGUCAGACCUUCCCCAGCUCGCGAUGCUCACCCCUAUUUAUUUAAUUUAUUCCUAUUAUUUAUUUAGAGCUGCUGCUUCUCCUCCCAGGAACCGCCGGGGAGAAAAGACACUCACCCGGCCCGUAGCAAGGACAGGACCAUGGGUCAAAGAGCCAGGCAGGACUGACGGACCCCUCCCGCCCCGCUGCCCUCACCCACAUGGGCACGGCCCCUGGGGCAGAACCCACACCCAAACCCUCAGCCCCCGCUGGGCUGCUCCCGUCCCCCCUCCCUCCUGGCCAACCCCAGGCCCCUCUGCCCUCACCCCCCCCUGCACACACCCCAGGAGGGGUCGGUGGUGCCACAGAGCCGGGGUGAGUCUAUUUAAUUGAUGCUCUUAUUUAUAUUAUUUAUUCCUUCUGCUUUUCACUAUUUAUUUGCCAAGACCAGAGGCAGAGCGCCGUGCCCAGGACACAGCCGCGGGGACACGGCCCCGAGAGACAGAACCCCACGCCGCCGGGUCCCGCUCUGCUCCCUGCACGGGGACGAAGCAGCGAUUCUAUGCAACCCCCGUCCCGCAGCGAGCCGCUUCCUACCUCGGGCCUCGGCACCCUGGGGCUCAGCCCGGCUCUCUCUUUGCAGUCUUCCUGCUCCGUCUUCCUCCCACCGCAGUCUUCCUCCCGCCGUGCCCGUGGCUCCCAGGGUCACUUUGAGAGCCCCGUGGGCAGCCCGGGCUGCAGCAUUUUCCGCUCGUCCCCUCGGGCAGCGCAGCGUGCGGGGCUGCCCCGUGUGUAUACUGUACAUAGCGGAUACCACAGCAAUAAUUUUUUCCGUGCAUGAUCGCUUUUUUGUUUCUGCCAGGUUUUGUAUUGGACAGGCCGCGGUAAGAGGAGAACCGACCGCCCGCAGUAUUACUUGUAAUGCAAUUCAGGGAUAUAAAAGGGACUUCUGCCACUACCAGGUGUGUCUUGGGCUGUUUGUACACGCGGUGGGGGGUGGGCAGCAGGUGCCCUGGGCACGUCCCCGAGGGGCAGCACCUGCAGUGCAAGCUCUGCAAAUGGCGCUGCACCCCAAUAACGGCACUGCACCCUGCUCGCAGCGCUGCGCCCCGCUUGCAAAAAGCACUGGGGGGACCAGCAGCAGCAGAGCACCGAGCUGAAAGCAAAGCAAAGCGCGGAGUCCCAGCAGUGGGGUGGGGAUCCUGGGGGGCAGCCCAGCGGGGAUCACUGGGUGCUGCAUCCCAAAGCCACCCAUGGGGCUCUGCUGUGCAGUCCUUCCUCGUGGUCAUCGUCACCGGCGAAGGGCGGAGGGGUCACCCAGUGCUGCGUGGGACGCUGCCACUGGGACGUGGCCCCGAGUCAGCGCUGGGGAUAGAGAACCCCGCAGCUGGGGCAGGGGGUAUGCAGGGGUCGGGGCAGGGGUGUGGGGGGCUCGGAACAGGGGGCGUGGCGGACCCAAACUCUGCCCCAGAGCCUCUCUGCCGCUGGUGACAUUGAUCCGGAGACAUGACCCAGAAACGUCCCAGAACAUCCAUCCCAGCCAGGAGCCGAACCCGGUGAUCCCCGUUCCUUCCAAUCCGGGUUAUCCCACGGCUCCACGCAGACAGAUCCACGGCUGAAUCCCCCCCGAC